CCAGAGCAGGAGAACGGGAACUGCAGAGAGACCAAAAGACUUCCAGAGUAAAUCUUAAAGUUGUUGUUUUUUUAGUAAUGAAGUUUGGUGAUUUGCACGUUUUUACUGCACUGAUACACAAAAGGAUUAUUCUACUUGUGCGAUCAUCUCUGGCAACGUGAUUCGACAUUCAUCUAGCAGCUCUGGUUGGGAAUCAGAUUCCAGUCGGCACUCUACCUCUAACAUCAUCCCUCCAGCAUGAGCGAUGAUGGGGAGAGACAAAGGCCCGAUGGGAGCCAUGAGGCCAGACAGGCCCCCAACGUCAAACCCAAACUCGGCCAGAAAGAGAAGAACAGCAAGGAGGACAUGUGGAAGAAGGAGAAGCCUGCAAAGGUGAGGAGAUCGAGGAGUAUCGACUCGGAGAGGGUGGAGAGAGGCAGGAGGAGAGAACGAGACAGGCACCAGGAAGAGAGGAGGCAGCGGGGGAGGAGUGAGGAGACCCGGAGACGAGACAGGAAAGCGGGAGAGAGUGACAGGAGGAAGAUGAAGUCCCCCGAAGAUGAUGUGGAGGACACUGAGUGCGCUGUGUGUUUCUGCUCAUACGAUAACAUCUUCAAGACCCCGAAACUGCUGGCGUGCGGUCACACCUUCUGCUUGGAGUGCCUUGCUCGCAUCAACGUCAUCUCUCCUCGGCUCAAGACCCUGUGCUGCCCCGUGUGUCGUGAGCUGACCGAGCUGCCCCACGGCCAGGACCUGCCCCGCCUGGGCAACAAUGAGGACAUCAUAGGCAAACUCCCACCAGACAUGCAGAGAAUGCUGUCCAUCCGAUUCAAGCGCAGCAAGGGCAAACUGCUCCUGAAGAACCAUCCUCACAGCGGCCCGUCCAAGUCUAAUUUCUUCUCCCUGCCUAAAAAGAGCCAGAGUGGCCAGGUGACAGCAGGUGGUGACCUCCACUUGAGUGCACUAGAGCAGGGAAUAGCCCCCACCACUAUGGUGGACGUAGGCAGGCCUCCAAACAGGGUCGGAGGUCGCCUGCGCAGGUUGUUCCGCUCGGACCAGUGCUACUACAUUGUGGUGGCGUCCAUCAUCACCAUCACUGUGGCGCUCAUGCUGGUUGGGAUUCUGGCCUUUGUGAUCAUACCGAAUGUGAUUAUUCACGGGAGGCCUGAACAAGCAGGGAACGGCACAUUAAACCGCCCCCCGGGGAAUGGACCCUGA